UCAUCAUCAACCACAACACCAUCCAUUCAGCCUUCAAAGGUCUCUAGACUUCUAGUUUACUUUCUUGUUUCCAAUCUUCCAGAGAAAAGAACAAUGCUCAGUGCUAAGAAACUCAUAAAGAUGGCAAGGAGAUGGCAGAAGUUUGCGGCCAUGCAGAGGAAGAGGAUUUCACUUCCAAGAAAUGGAAAUGAUGUAGACGGUUGUAGUACAUCUACAUCUUUUAUAGCUGGAAAAGGCCAGUUUGUAGUGUAUACAACUGAUCAAAGGCGCUUUUUGAUUCCAUUGGCUUAUUUGGAAAAUGAGGUCAUUUUGCAACUUUUAAACAUAUCUGAGGAAGAGUUCGGGCUGCAAAGUGGAGGCCCUAUUACAUUACCUUGUGAUUCAGCCUUCAUGGAAUACAUAAUUUCACUUAUCAAGAAAGGUGCAGCUGCUGGAGAUGUUCAGAAAGCAUUGCUCCUAUCAGUUACUUCAUGUUGUUGUUCAACUUCUUCUUUACACCAAGAAUGGGGAAACAAGCAGCUUCUUGUUUAUUGAGUCAUGAUCAUUAUCUUUAGUAAAUGAUAGACCAAAACAGAUUGUAUAACAGAUGAAAAGUAGGCAAAUGAAGUGUGUAAGUGCAAUAGAGUUUUAUCUGAAUUUAACCAGAUUUAGAUUUAUAUCCAAUUUGGUGAUUGAGGACUUUUAGAUUCUCAUCUUGGUCUGGCACUAUUUAUAGAAAUACACUUAUUUUUUAUACGAAUAGUCAACUUUGUCGAUCAAGACUUUCAGAUAUACGAAUAAUGUCCACGCAAGUCUUGCUGGUAUGGAAAAUUAACUCAAAAGAGUAAAUGAAGUGAAAUAGUAGAAGUGUUCCCCUUUAACUGCAGCAAAAUCGCAUACUUGAUAACACUAGAUUGAGAAGGAAGCUGCAGAUCGCAGCAAUCAUUUGGAAUGUUAUAAAAAAUUUCAAUGGUUGACUGAUCAUACCUCAUACUUACCCCAGCUCCACUUGGAUUUUAGUUUCUAGCAAAUAAUCAUUCAUAUCCAAAUGUAUAAUGAUGAACACCUUCAGGCAUUAUCUAUCUUUAGACAGACACACUGAAACAAAAUAUUGAAACAAGCUUCCCUCCUGUCUAUUUUUCUGGUUCUUAGAUUGUUGUUAUUAUCUUUCUGGCCUUUGUGGUUGA